GACAGUUGCCGCGUACCGCCGACUUGCCACUAGCCCCGCCGCAUGCCUGCUCUCCGCGCCGCGCGGCACACGACGACGCCAUUUGAAGAGGAGCGCUCGGGGGCUCUUGACGCCGCGGCGGGAGCGCGGCAACAGCAGCAGCGACCGCUCCGCCUCCUUCCCCACCUCCUCAUCCUCACCCUCACCCUCCGCUGCUGAGCACCACCGGCCUCUCCGGCAGCCCGAGGCAGAGGUCGUUCUUUUCCUGCCGCACAGGGACGACGACAAGGCGAAAUACGUGGAAGCGGGCGAGAAACCGGGCGACGGCCCGGGCUUGCUUCUUCGCUUCAUUUCUAUGGUGCAGAUUCGGGGAGUCAAGCGCAGUCGAACUGAGCCCAACAGCUGGCCAUUUCCGCUGGCAUGCCAACAGGGGGGCGGGCCGGCCCCCGUGCAGUGGCAGAAAUUUAGGCUGCCGCAUCCGGUGCGCGUCUCGUCUCCCACCUCCUGUUCUCCUUCCUCUUCAUACUCCUCCCCCUUCUCGGCCAAAUCCAUGCGGUUUAUUUGGAACAACAUUUUCAGAAAAGGAUCGCAUAUGCUGCAGUGUCUUUGUGGCAGGAGCCUCAAGAAAACCAAGAACCCAACUGAACCGCAGCUGAAGGGCAUAGUGACCAGAUUGUUCUGCAGGCAUGGCUUCUAUCUCCAGAUGGGGCAGGAUGGAAGUCUGGAUGGGACCAAAGAUGACAGCACCAACUCCUCUCUGUUCAACUUAAUUCCAGUGGGACUUAGAGUGGUGGCCAUCCAAUCAGUAAAGAGUGGUCUCUACAUUGCCAUGAACGGAGAGGGUCACCUCUACUCCUCGGAAACGUUCACCCCAGAGUGCAAAUUUAAGGAGUCUGUGUUUGAGAACUACUAUGUGAUCUACAGCUCCAUGCUGUACAGGCAGAAGGAGUCUGGCCGGGCCUGGUUCCUGGGCCUCAACAAGGAAGGGCAGGCCAUGAAAGGCAACAGAGUUAAGAAGACCAAACCAGCUGCACAUUUCCUACCUAAACCUAUAGAAGUUGCAAUGUACAGAGAGCCUUCACUGCAUGACAUAGGGGAGGCGGCGCCUAAGAUCGCCGGGGGCCCGCCUUCCAAAAGCACAACCAGCGAGCCAGUGGUCAUGAAUGGCGGAAAGCCUGUCAGCAAACCUGCCAAGGAGGAGACAUAGCCCGCUCCUCCCCACCCCAACAUCCCCUUUCCACCCACAAGCAACCAGAGGCCAGGAAAAGUAAGCGAUUCUGCAACAAAUGCAACAAAAAAAACUCAGUCAAGUUGAGACCGGUCAACAGCAAGUGCGCACCCAGCACCCCACUGCUCACAUUGUAAGACAGAACUGCUGUUGUCGGCGGCUGAGGGGCAAAGAGGAAGAAGAUGAAGUGGCAGCAGUAUGAUCUCGCCUUGCCCGAAAGGGUAUUCUUAAAAUGAAACAAACAAACAAAGAUACAAAUGUGUCAUCUCCACCGAUGUUUACCUGUGACAGUCUGUUACUUCGAGGCCUGCUUGUCCUCCUCUAAUAGUGUUCAGUUGCCAGGUAUGCUUGCCUCAAACACACACACACAAGCUCCACAGAAUGGAUUUGAAAGCAUCCAGAUAAACAUAAUGGAGUGCUAAAGAUGCAUCUGAUCUGACACACAAUGUUCUGUAUCUGACCUCACCAGUUUGGUUCUUAUUUGACAGAUACGGUCGAGCAUGCUUCGUUAUUUCUUUGUAUGCAGUUGGUUUAAGGACACAAAACGCUGGUGAAGACCGAGCUUGCACAGUUGUACAGAUACAGAAUAGACUUCAGUUGCUACCUCCCUGCCAAGCACCUAAAGAAUGCUACCACCUCGUACAUAUGUAGCCAUUCAAGAAUUCUAGCAAGGACCUUUUCAAAUUGGCAUGUAGCUAUAACCGAAGAGAUUUAAUAUGUUUGGAGCCCCCAAGCAAAUGAAAGCAGAGCUUUGAGCAGCAUUACUGUUUACAUGAAAUAGCAAAGGACACUUAGAAUGUAGCUGAAGGGAAAGGCGCAAAGCUACACUCUCAGAGAAAAAGUACAUAGCUGUACUUACAGUACAGUGAUGGUGUACAACGGCUUGGACCCAUGACUUUUAUUGUUUGGAUGCUGAAAAGGGUACAAACAGCAUGGCAUCGAACAAAUAGUCUUGUGUACCACACACGGGGACUGUACCUUGUGGGACAAAAGUGAGCUCUCAUUUAUGACAGUGUAUCAUAACCUGCUGCCUUCACAUUAACUUGGAUUUAAAGGUAGGAGGGUAAAAGUGAACAGGGUAAAUCAUGUUAAAGCCACAAUGUGUCGAUUAUGUGAAGCGUGACGUGAUAUGCAGGUAUUGUAGUGAUAACGGUUUUUAACAUGGUGAUUUUUGCCAGCGAUGGUUGGACCGUAACUAUAGUGCAGAGACUUUAGCCACAAUCAGAAUAUCACAUGAUGAACUUGUGUGGCUAGCACAGCACAACGAAAGCAAACCAAAUAGAUUCCUCACUGUGACCAUCAACAUGGCUCUAAUCUGUUCAGGACUUUAAGCCUUGUUCAAGAACCAGACUUUCUGUUUAGACGCCAGUGAACUGAACUGAACUGGUAGUUGUUUAGAAACUGUCCCUUAGAAGGUAAGGAUACUGUGAUACCUCUUGUCUUGUCUGUGCCAGUGAAAGAGAUGCUGCGGUUCAGGAUGGCAAUGGAGCAGGGGUGGGCACACCAAUUUCACCAACUUGAAUUAGGAUGGACAUAUCUAUCAUAAAAGGACGCACAAAAAUGUCUCAAUGUCUCCAUGUCAGUCAUUUUGGUCCAAACCAGCCAUUUAUGGUACCAAUGGAGGACCUGUGAUACUGUAUGAGGAAAUGGGGAAAAAAUGGGUGUAGCAGAGAAGUAUGUUAGACUAGACCAGGCCAUGUACAGUAUGUGAACAAUAAGACAGUGGUGAGGUGUGCUGUUGGAGUGACAGAAGACUUCAAGGUGGAGGUGGGACUACAUCAAGGAUCCUCUCUGAGCCUCUUAUUAUUUGCUAUGGUGAUGGACAGAUGAUCUCUGUUGACUAUGAUGUUUGCAGAUGACAUUGUUAUCUGAGGUGGGUAGGGAACAGGUGGAAGAGAACCAAGAGGUGCACUGGGCAGAUGAACAAUGAAGGUCAGUUGCAGCAAGACAGUGCAUGAAUGAAAGGGAGGCCAGUGGAUUAGAAAAGGAGAACAUGCAGAAGUUCUGAUUCUAUGAUUAAAAUAAAUUAUUUUACACAUUUUACAUACACAUUUGACUUUUGUAAGGCUGUGUGACUAAUCAGACGAGCUGUAUCGCCUCAGCAACAGGUUGUCAGCACCAUGGGCCAAAGCACUGACACACAAAGGCUUCACAGUUGCAGAAACACCAGACUGGAGGGGGCAGUGUGCCGUACCCUCAUUUCUCGUACAGCAACGUCUUGUUCAAUUAUUUGCGCUGCAAUGACUUGUCUGCUACGCACCUACGACAACAAAUUAUUGCGAGCUCAGUAUUCCUAUCACAAAACUGUCAUUAUAACUGUAUUUCUGCUGUCGUCUCAAUGGGAAGUUGUUGUAGAUUGUCUGAUCUGAUGCCAUUUGGUUUAUAUACAGUGGAACCUCUGUAAAGUCGAACACCACAGCGCUUCUACUAUUUGCAAAGGCACACCAUCUUUUCAAAAAAUAAAAUUAUGCCUGUAGAUUGCAGAUCGUGAGAUCGCAAUUAAGCAAAGGAAUAGCUGCUUUUUUUUUUUUUUUACACAAACACUAAUUACAAAAGCAACAGCCUAAACGAGAGGUGUGAAGAGGAGAACAUGAAAAGAGAAGAAGAGUUUCAAACAAAUUAUAAGGCCGAUUUUGAGCCUUCUUAACCCCUUCUGAUCAGUUGGCAAAGGCCCAAUUAUAAUAAUAAAAAAAAACGAUAAAAGAUAAUUCGAGGCUGUUAUCCUGUGGUUUAGGAUGCGCUAUGUGUGAUUAUUUAUUUAUUUAUUUAUUUACUAUUUUUUUCCCCCCUCUCCGAUUUGCUUGAAAAACGAUCAGGGCCGACAAUCAGAAAAGUUAAACGUUAAAUAUUUACAAUCAUAAAUCCUAAUGUGUUUGGUCAACACAGAGUUCUGCUGAGCUUUUGUAAUACUUUCUCCUACUCUUCCUACUUUUUGGUUUUCAUCAGUCUCGAUGCCCUGUGGCACCAUGCUACCUCUCACAGGUCAGAAUUGGGACUAUGCCAGACAUCUGGCAAUAUGGUUGCGUGUAUGUGGCGUGCUGUGGUGGUCACUUGAAUACAGCACACGCUGUGUAAGAGCAAUAAGUACGUAUCCACAUUUUUUUCCCUCAUCAUAUAUGCAUUCCUCGCAUUUUAUAAACAAAGACAGACAAUUUAAAUUGGUUAAGAUGUUUAAAAUCCUAUACAUAAACAUGGAAAUAUCCUAUGUCCAAAUUUGGUCAAUUUAAUAAUUUCAACAAAUCAAUGCUAUUAGUCAGUCUCCUCAUGGGUCUGUUAUUUUUACAAUUUAUUGACCAAUAUUUUAAACAUAGGUCAAAAUGAGUCUGUGAUAUGGUUUAAAUUUGACAUCGAUGCGGUUUGUUGAUUGAAUGCAAAAAGCAAUAAAUGACAUAAGGCUUGCAAAACAGGUGGAUUUGAAAUCACUGAUGUACUGACCAGCCUACUUUGUGGUUGGUACCUACUCACUCAACUCAACGGCAACACGGCAUUUAAGUCUCAGCCUCUGCCAAGGCAUAUAAAUACAGUAUAGUCUAUAAAGUAUACAUAUUUUGUGUUUUACAGCAUUACUUAACAACAUUUAUAAUUUAUAAUGUAACUGAUGAUGAAAUGGCAAAGCUUGGGGUCAUUGUUGCCAAAAUGUGCGUGAGCAAUGAACGUCGUGUUCCCAGGCCAGCCGAGAGACAUAGUCUCGCCAGCGUGUCCUGGGUUGUCCCCUCACCCGGGAGGCGUCCGGGAGGCAUCCUAAUCAGAUGCCCGAGCCACCUCAUCUGACUCCUUUCAAUGCGGAAGAGCAGCGGCUCUACUCUGAGCCCCUCCCGGAUGACCGAGCUUCUCACCCAAUCUCUAAGGGAGAGCCCGGACAGCCUGCGGAGAAAACUCAUUUCGGCCGCUUGUAUCUGAAAUCUUGUUCUUUCGGUCACAACCCACAGCUCCUGACCAUGGGUGAGGGUAGGAACGUAGAUCGUAAAUUGAGAGCUUCGCCUUUUGGCUUAGCUCCUUCUUCACCACAACGGACCGAUACAAAGUCCGCAUCACUGUAGACGCUGGAUCGAUCCGCCGGUCGAUCUCCCAUUCCAUUCUUCCCUCACUUGUGAAGACCCCAAACUAUUUGAACUCCUCCACUUGGGGCAGGAUCUAAUCCCCGACCCGAAGAGGGCACUCCACUCUUUUCCGACUGAGGACCAUGGUCUUAGAUUUGGAGGUGCUGAUUCUCAUCCCAGGCGCUUCAAACUCGGCGGUCCCCGCCUUCGGCCACCGCCCAGUUCACACUGCACCCGACCCCUAUGGCCCCUCCCACAGGUGGUGAGCCCAUGGGAAGGGGGACCCACAUUACCCUUUCGGGCUGUGCCCGGGCGGGCCCCAUGUGUGCAGGCCCGGCCACCAGGCGCUCGCCUUCGAGCAGCCCCAGACAACUUAGCUCCUAGGAUCAUUGGGACACACAAACCCCUCCACCACGAUAAGGUGACGGCUCAAGGAGGGGUGAUACAAUGUUAUCAAGGAUUUAACAAACAUCCCGUUUAAUUUUGGUUUCCUGUAAAGCAAUGGUGAACGACUGGUUAGCACAUCUGCCUCACAGUUCUGAGGACUGGGUUUCAAAUCCCGGCCCCGCUUGUGUGGAGUUUGCAUGUUCUCCCCAUGCCUGGGUGGGUUUUCUCUGGGUACUACAGUUUACUCCCACAUCCCGAAAAAAAACAUGCGUAGUAGGUUGAUUGGAGACUCUGAAUUACCCAUAGGUGUGAAUGUGAGUGUGAAUGGUUGUUUGUUUCUAUCUGCCCUGCGAUUGGCUGGCAACCAGUUCAGGGUGUACCCCGCCUCUCGCCCGAAGAUAGCUGGGAUAGGCUCCAACAGCCCACGACCCUAGUGAGGAUAAGCGGUGAAGAAAAUGGAUGUGUAGAUGAAAAGCGAUGGUUUUGGAGAUGCGAGGUGACAUGCAUUGUUAUUCAACAACAAAGUUCAUGAAACACAUUCGCUGCAUCUGUGAGAAGACUAACCUUCACAUUGAUUUCUAAAUUUGAACAAAUCGGAGGCCCUUAGAGGUUCCACUGUAGACCAAAUGUUCACAUGCAGAAUCGUGUGCUCCAGUGUGCCUCACACGAUGUUCCACUGUGAGGGCCAUCUCUUGAUGAGUCUUUUGGCCAGUGUUGUAAUUGUCUUUUGUAGACAAAAUGUGGCUCUUUGCUGUGUAUUGUAGCACUCUUGUCGCGCUAUUAUGGUUGCUAGGAAACGAUCAGAAAACAAGCCCUGACAAUCAUGCCUGUCAUCAUUUUAUCCCACCAGUAGAGUCCCGGGGAUAAACUGGAUAAAGUUGUCUGUCCAACAACAAAGAGAUCACAUUCCAAUUGUGUGUGUUGUUCUUCACAAUAUACAUGAGCUCUCAUCGUGGGCCCAAAAUUUUUUUAUUUUUUCUCAGUUGUGACAUUUUUUUUAAAAUGGAGUUUUGUUCACGGUUUCAUUUGAGCUGAUGUUAUCAUUGGAACCCUUCUGACCUAUUGUACAUAACCAGCAUCAUGUAAAAUUGGAGUUGGACACAUUAUGGUCAUCAUGCAGUACAUGUUGCUUUUUUACUGGGAAGGAAUGUUCUUCAUUGUGCACUUCAACACUGUAUUAUCAAUCUUCAGCUUGUUGGGUUAGCACCUGGGGGAAUGCAGCUUUUGAAGAUCUCUCACACGUGUUCAAGAAUAAUUUCCGGGGCCAUGGACCAAAGAUGCAGAUACGUAUAACAGGGUCUUCCAGGUUCCUAAUCACACAUCCCAAUUAAGGUGAGCAUCUCCAUAGUUAGCCUGGCUGGCGCCAAAGCUACAAUUAUGAGCUCUAACUGCACUCUGUGUGCAAAGAAAGAGCAUCUGCUUUAAUUUGAAGGGAGCAAUCAUGACAAACCUGGAAAUCUUUUUAAUUUCCACUCAUGUACCACUGCAAGGGGCGUGUGUUUGAGCGUGGACCUGCAGCCGUAGCUUGUCAGCAGCGCGGGCACGUUUUAGUGACACAAGCCAAGGACAUGUGAUGGUUAGAACUGUGCUCAUGAUGUAGCCUGUUUCCUUCAGGUUCACUCUGUUCCUCGAACAGAAGAACGCCUUACUACAUGCAUACACUUGUCAAUGAUCCUUUGGUCCACUCUGUUGUCUUGGCUGUAAAGAGGUUAGCCAGAGCACUUAUCUCCACCUCCUUUCAAUGCUUGGACUUUUCCACUUGUUGCACGUGUUCUAAAAAGGUCCAGAAACAUGGGGUGGUAGGGGCUAAUGCAUGUGGUCAUGUAGGAAAUAUGUAAUGAAUACAAAUCAGCAUGUAGCUAAGGGGUGGGUAAAAUCUGUUUUUUUAAUCCGGCCCAUUGAGCAUUUACAUUAUCAGGAGUCUUGUUAUAUUUGUUGCAUUAAUUUAAAUGGAUUCCCCCUAAUUAAAGUAGCAUUUAUUCAUUUUCAUGUAUUUAUUUGUUUAAUUGAUUUGUUUUAAAUAUCACGUGGGUUUACUCUGAUUUCCACUUGCAUUCCAAAUAACAUGCUUGUUAAUUAAAAAUGAAUGGUUAUUUGUCUAAAGCUGGAAUACGUAAACUCCAGCUCACAGGUGAGCCUCAUGAGGAUAAGCGGUAUAUAUGAAACAUGAUAAUUAUUUAUAUUUUGUUAUUCAAAUUAGGUAUUUUACAGACACUUUAACUUUUCUUUAAAUCUCAGCUACGAAUUACCUGGCUCAUCUGUCCUUCUUAAAAAUUGAAUGUGGCCCUUAAGCACAAAGAUUUGCCCACCACUUAUAUUGUCCAACUCUGCUACAACUGUAAUUUGCAUUGGACGAAAUGCUUUACAGUCAUGAUGGUUGGUGUCUUUUUUUAUUUAUAUAUUGUCUUUCAUGUAUUUUUGUUUUUCGGCUCGUGUAAAGAUUAAUGGCACCAGUAAUUAAAGCAAGCUGAUGCCCAGCAUUUCACCAGUGUUAAUCCUGUAUUGUUACAGUAAGUUGGUAGCAAAAUGUUGCGAGUGCUGACUGUCUUUCAGUAUAUGUUCAGUUCCACUAACAUCCAUAAUAUGCAAAUAUUGUACAGUUUGUGUCCAACUUAUUGUAUACACACAGA